AAUACGCAAUUCAAGAUGGAGUUUCCGCUCACCGAUAUCACUUCCAUCGAGUACCGUUCCAUUGAUGACAUCUACUCUCAGAUUGCCGUUGAGGUCAAAGACCCACCUCAUUUCUACAUGGAAUCGUCUCAAGGCGGAUGGAACUUGUGCAAAGACUUCACCGAAGAUAAACAAGCCACAAGACACAUGAGGCACGUGAUGAAAGGUCGUGCUGUUGCUAUGAAACCUCAACUCAUCAAGCUCAUGAGAGAUUGUCCUCUUUUGGCCAAGGUUGUAACAAUCCUUGACGCUCCCGAGGGCAACAAUAACGACGCGGAUAAGCAAACCAACGAACAAGAUCAACAGCAAAAUCCACCUCGUCGAUCUUCCUUCCCAAGCGGAUCAAUCGCCGAUAACCUGCGAUUCGGAGACGGAAUAUGUACCCCGACCCAAAAUGAUAAACAAAACAACCUCCUCAAGCAAAUAGCCCGUACUCGUCGUUCGGCCUCCGUGCCAGUGUCACCCACGGAAGACAAGAGCCCAUCCUUGGUCUCCUCAACGAUGACACCUAAUGCAUCUUUACAGGUAAACACCUCAACGACAUUCCUCGACAUGUACAAAGCCGAAGCGAACAGCUCUCCAGAGUUCUGCUCUUCUCCGAUGGAUCUUAAUUCCACGUCAUCUCCGUCCACGCCAUUGUACGUCUUUGACAAUUCACCGACCAUCAUGGAUUCAUCACCACUCUUAAAUCAAGAUCCUUUCGUAUCUUUGCCUGCUCACAACUUGA